UUGGCAUCUUUUGAUUUUACUGCUGAUCUGGGCAGUGGCACCUUCAGCACAGGGACGGACGUCACCAUGGCCUUCCUGACACACUUGCUGGUCUGCACCUUCGGGUUGGGCUCCUGGGUAGCCAUCAACGGGCUCUGGGUGGAGCUCCCCCUGCUGGUGACGGAGCUGCCCGAGGGUUGGUACCUCCCCUCCUACCUCACGGUGGUCAUCCAGCUGGCCAACAUCGGUCCCCUCCUGGUCACCCUGCUCCACCACUUCCAGCCUGGCUGCCUUUCGGAGGUGCCCGUCAUCUUCACCGUGCUGGGCCUGGGCACCGUCACCUGCACCCUCUUCGCCUUCCUCUGGAACGUCACCCUCUGGGUGCUAGAUGGCCACCACAGCGUCGCCUUCAUGGUCCUCACUUUCUUUCUGGCCCUGGUGGACUGCACCUCCUCUGUCACCUUCCUGCCCUUCAUGAGCCGGCUGCCCGCCUACUACCUCACCACCUUCUUUGUGGGCGAAGGACUCAGCGGCCUCCUGCCUGCCUUUGUGGCUCUGAUCCAAGGCUCGGGUCUCACUACCUGUGUCAACGUUACUAAGCCCUCAGACACCACCCCGAGCGCUGACACCACCAGGAGCAUCGCCUUCCCACAGGGAGCAAACAGCACUUUUGUGUCUGACCUCACCGGGACGGCUCAUCUCGAAAGUCGCAACCUCCCGGCCAAAUUCUCUCCCUUGGUCUUCUUCCUCCUCCUCUCCUUCAUGAUGGCCUGCUGCCUGGCCGCCUUCUUUCUCCUCCAGCGCCACCCCAGACCCAGGGAAUCUUCCAUAGAAGACCUCCUCACCUCCCAGGUCACCCUCCACUCCAUCCGGCCACGGGAAGGGGAGGACCUGGGCCCCGCAGGCCCAAGGGACAGCAGCAAGGCCGAGGAGCAGCCAGAGGAGAAGACGGGCCCCCACCACCCAGCCCGCCUGACCUUCAUCUACAUCCUGGUGGCCUUUGUGAACGCGCUCACCAACGGCGUGCUACCCUCUGUGCAGACCUACUCCUGCCUGUCCUACGGGCCCCUUGCCUACCACCUGUCCGCCACCUUGAGCUCCAUGGCCAACCCUCUUGCCUGUUUCCUCUCCAUGUUCCUGCCUCAAAGGUCUCUGCCCUUCCUGGGGGUCCUCACGGUGCUGGGAACCGGCUUCGGGGCCUACAACAUGGCCAUGGCAGUGAUGAGCCCCUGCCCCCUCAUGCAGGGCCACUGGGGUGGAGAAGUCCUCAUUGUGGCCUCGUGGGUGCUCUUCGUCGGCUGUCUGAGCUACGUCAAGGUGAUGCUGGGCGUGAUCCUGCGCGACCGCAGCCGCAGCGCCCUCUUGUGGUGCGGGGCGGCGGUGCAGCUGGGCUCCCUCCUCGGCGCUGUGCUCAUGUUCCCGCUGGUCAACGUGUUCAGGCUCUUCUCCUCCGCUGACUUCUGCAGCCUGCAGUGCCCCACCUAGGACACCUGGCGUGGUCCGUCACGUGACCCUGACCCGCUCCCAUUACGAACGCCUGAAACUUGGGCGAGGCACGCACCCCAGGCCACAAGGCAGGUGGCAGGGAGCUGGGAGGCAGAGUCUGAGUUCCUACGCAUCCACGCAAACUCGCAAACUCCGCUCCAGAACGAGGAAGGGGGAGGGGAGGGGAAGCCACAGGCCUCCCGCGGGACCUGGACAUAAGAAGCACAGCCCCGCCCCCAACGCUGUGUCGCAGUGCCUGCAGUUCCCUUCCAGGACUUGCGCUGACCCUUGAGAGACCGCGGAUUUGCAGCACCGGCCCAGAGGCAGGCGCAAGGGCAUCAGAAGGAAAACGCAGAGAGGGUGGGCGAGCCCUCACAAGCUGUGUGGCCUUGGGGAAGGCACUUAUUUCUCUGUGCCUCCGUUUCUGAAAAUGGGGAUUAUGAUAAAUAGCACCUACCUCACUGGCUUAGCACGGGGAUAAAGGCGAGAGGCAGCCCGUAUGGGUCAUUUCCUGAUCUGGUGUCUCAUAAGAGGGACAGCAACACGACCCCAAAGUGGCCAGGGAUGCUGAGAGAGGACCCCUGCCCCGUAUCCUUUUUACUACUAUUCUCAGAGGAGCUUGUAAGGACUGAUGAAUCAUGGAGGAAUCUUGGGCAUCAUGACACCCCCCGCCCCCGUUUCCAACAUGGAUGGAUGUCUACCCCACGCACCCCUUCCCAUCACCCCUCCUCACUCAAGAGGUCCUGCUCCUUGGAAAACAUGUGACCUUCUGGGAGGCAGAGAGAUGAUGGGGGGAGGAGGUACUACACCAAACCUCUGGAAGUGAGUCCCAUCCCCACCCCCACUCACCAAGGCUGAGACUGGACCCUGGGAAUCCCGGGGAGGAGGGCCCCAGGUACCCGAUGGUUAUUGUGUUUCCUUUUCUCUUUUUUUUAGACAGACAUCCCCUGCUUUUCCACCAAGAUCAGCGCUCUAAAAUCAAUAUACUCAGUUUUCAGUUCUAAGGUCAAGGCUAAGCUCAGAAAUGAACCAGAAUCAAACGCUUAGGGAAUGUCCGGUCCUGGGACUUCUUUUCUUUAGUGGUUUGCUUGCUUACCACCGGCCCUCCUUUUAAUUUAUUUUGAAUAGAUAAUAUAGUCGUGUGUUUCAAAAAUCAGAAAAUAUAAAAUGAUGUUCUGCAAAAAAAUUCCAUCUCUCCUCUCCUUCAUCUGCCCGAGUUCCUCUCCACGAACACACACACUUUGAUUACUUUCUUGUUCAGUCUUGCGGAGAUUAUGCAAAUACAGUCUUUUUACAGAAAAAGUA